AUGGCCACUGUAGAAAACCCAGCGUCGUUACAGGAGGUGCAAAACAGCCGCAAACUGCUUGAUCCGAGCGAGCUGGGCACAAAAGAAUACUGGGAGGCUGCCUAUGCCCGCGAAAUUCGAAAUUUUGAAGACGAUGGCGAAGAUGAAGGAACGGUCUGGUUCGAAGACAGCAACGCAGAAGAUACUGUGCUCAUGAAGCUGAAUGAGUACGACGAGCAAGGACUUGGACUCUUAAACCGAGAAUCCUCCAGAUUUUUGGACCUGGGCACAGGUAAUGGGCAUAUGCUCUUCGCCUUGCGGGAGGAAAACGAGGAUGGCGUCAGAUGGACGGGAGAUAUGAUAGGCGUGGACUACAGUCCAGCCAGUGUGCAACUUGCGCGUCAGGUGGAUUUACAGCGGCUGGCGGCACUCAACGAUGGAGAGGGAGAUUACGAUGCCGGCAACGAGAAGCCUUCAAAGUAUGCUUCGAUUCGCUUCGAGCAAUGGGACAUUCUCGCGGAACAACCUGGAGACUGGCUGCAAGAUGGGUUUGAUGCCGUCCUCGAUAAAGGGACUUUCGACGCCAUAUCUUUGAUGCCCCACGAAGCGCAAGCACCGCACCCAUGCGAGGUCUACCUGGAAAAGGUUGUCGCACUCAUCAAGCCUGGCUACUUCCUGGUCAUCACAUCGUGCAAUUGGACGAAAGAUGAGCUGAUCGAUUGGCUGGCGCCUGAGGGCGGUGAUCUCACCUUCUUCGACGACGCGAAAUACCGUACGUACACUUUUGGCGGACAGACUGGCUCAAGUGUGGUGACGAUAGUGUUCCGACGAACGACUGAAGUCGGCAACGGGUAG